CUAGGAACUGAAGAAUUUUUGAAGUUGAUGAUCCUUGAUGGUUGUUUCAUUUUGGAAAUAAUGCACACUUGCACUUCGGCUUGGAAUGACUACGAUCCCAAUGAUCCCAUCUUCAGCGAUCAUGGAAAGCUUUACAUUGUGCCAUACCUCAAACGCGACAUGUUGAAGCUUGAAAAUCAGUUGCCUCUGCUGGUUCUUGAGAAGCUAGUUGAGGUCAAUAUUCGUAGCAUUUGUUUUAUUUAAGUCUAUUUCUAACUAAUGCAUGAUUUAUUUUUUAUUCAGAUAGAAGAGAGUAUUGUGAUUAAGCGCAUUCUCAACUUCUUUGGUCAAUACCGUGUUAAAAACAUGGGAAAAUGCCUACACAUUUUAGAUGUAUAUCGGAAGAGCCUAUUGGAAGAACCUGACAAGAACGUUGACCAUAAAGUUCACCAAGGUGAAGACGAGAUCAUCCGGUCUGCUACCGAGCUUAACGAAGCUGGUAUCCAAAUCGAGAAAAGUGAAACAAAAAGCCUAAAAGAUAUCUCGUUCCAUAGAGGGGUGCUCAAGCUUCCACCAAUAAUGGUCGAUGAUACUACUCAAUCAUCGUAUCUAAAUCUAAUGGCAUUUGAGCGACUUCACGUCAAUGCAGGGAAUGAGGUGACUUCCUACAUCUUUUUCAUGGACAACAUCAUCGACAGUGCUGGAGACGUUAGCCUCCUGCACUCGAGUGGCAUCAUCCAGCAUGCGGUUGGCAGCGACAAAGCUGUUGCUGAAUUAUUCAAUUCUCUAUCCAAGGAUGUUACGCUAGAUCCUGAGAACAGAUUAGCAAAAGUGCAUAACAGUGUCAGUUACUACUGCAAGAAGCCAUGGAAUGCAUGGAGGGCUGAUAUCAUGCACAACUAUUUUAGAAAUCCAUGGUCUAUUCUUUCGGUCAUUGCAGCAAUAUUUCUUUUUGCUCUAACCACAAUUCAGACGGUAUACAGCGUCUUAAGUUACGCCAAUUCCUCAUCCAAAUAAUCCCUGUACUGCUUCAUUUUGCUGUGUGGUUUUUUAAUAAAUAAUGCCACGUGAUGCGCAUGGCAACCUCAUUCUCAAGGAAUUAACCCUCGGCUUUCAGAUCACAAUUUAUUUUCUCGACUUUCUUUGUUUUGCUUUUUGUUCGAUUGAUCAAUUGAAUAAUAUAUUUUGCC